GCCUCAUGGCCCUUUGAUGCUUGGGGUUUGGAUGUGGUUGGACCUAUGACAAAGUCUUCCGCUGGACAUCUCUAUAUCUUGGCAGCAACAGACUACUUUUCCAAAUGGGCUGAAGCAAUACCUCUUCGAGAAGUAAAGAAGGAGAACGUUGCCGAUUUCAUCCGCAUCAACAUCAUCUACCGCUACGGAGUUCCUCGAUAUGUAAUCACAGACAACGGAAAGCCAUUCUGCAACGGUGUGAUAGAUAAACUUUGCGAAAAGUUUGGCUUCAAGCAAAGAAAGUCUUCAAUGUACAACGCAGCCGCCAAUGGACUCGCCGAGGCCUUCAACAAGACUUUAUGUAAUUUGCUGAAGAAAGUGAUCGCCAAGCUUUAUGGGCUUAUAGAACAACGUAUAGAACACCUACUCAAGCCACUCCAUAUGCUUUGGUGUACGGUGUGGAAGCAGUCUUGCCUCUUGAAAAACAAAUUCCAUCAUUGAGGAUAGCUAUACAAGAAGAACUCACUCAAGAAGAAAACGCUCGUUUGCGUCUUGCAGAAUUGGAAGCUCUUGACGAGAAAAGAUUAGAGGCACAACAAAGUAUUGAAUGCUACCAAGCUCGUCUUUCUAGGGCGUUUAACAAGAAGGUGCGGCCAAGAUCGUUUCAAGUUGGAGAUUUGGUACUUGCCGUAAGGAGGCCCAUCAUCGUCACUCACAAAACGGGGAAUAAAUUUACUUCAAAGUGGGAUGGUCCUUAUGUCGUCAAAGAAGCAUACACAAAUGGAGCGUACAAGUUGGUUGCCGAAGAUGGUUUGAGAAUUGGUCCAAUAAAUGGAAAGUUCUUGAAGCGGUACUACGCAUGAAGCGGAGGAGAAGGCUCCUGGCCCGCAUGAGUUGAAACUGUGCACGGCUA